GUAUCAUACGCUCUUGCAUGUCGUUGUAGACUGAACGUUGAAACUCUUUGCUAUCAUACACGACGGAAAGGUCUCGUAGAGGAACUGCGAAGGACAUCUAUGUACCCGUAAAGGGGUCCCUCUCAGUGAGUAGCGGCUACGUUAGGUCGACGUCACAGCUGGUGCAGAAAGUGAAAUCCCACCCCCUUCUUCCUGUUAGCAACUACCUCAUCCCAGGUGCUUCCAGCUGUAGUACAAUACAUAGUGAACUAGAGGUACAUUAGAGGGGAAUAUGAGUGUGCCCAGUUCUGUCGAAAGCUCCAUCUUAUCUGACAAGGCCAUUGACAAAGGAAUCCAAUUGCCAGAAAAUAUUGACCACCAUACUCGAGCCAUCACCACGCUUCCACGAGAAAUGAACAGGGUGCUUCCGCCAGAAAUUCUCGAACAGAUUUUCCUAGUACUUCGAGCAGGCUGCCGUUCUUACCGUUGGAUGCGUGUCACCCACGUAUGUCAUUACUGGCGGGAAGUAGCCCUUCAGAGUGCCAGGCUCUGGAGCUAUAUUAACUUGCCCUGUCAUAAUGUGGCGCAUGCUGAGGAGCUGCUCAGGCGAUCAAAGGAAACUGCGCUAUCUGUAGUGGGCGAUAUCACUCACACAGUCCCAGGACAACCGGCCCAUAUAACUGUAUCAAGUGGCCGUUCGUCGCCUUACACAAUAUUUGAGGUGAUAUUUAGGGCAUUCGCUCGCAUGGUUACCAUCGAGUUAUCUGGACCUCCUUCCGAUUUCGACUUUUCUCUCGUCGUGACAAAGUUGAAGGAGGGCAGCUCGAAAUUGCGAUUCGUUACACUUGAACACUCCAAUUCGGAAUUCGGGAGUAUGAGUUUAGAUCCCUUUCCCAAUUGUGUCCGCUUUCCUCAACUUGAGGUUCUGAAGCUGACAGGAUUUGACGUCAGCCUUGUCUUGCCACUAUUUCCCAACACACCAAAUCUGCGGGUCCUUCAAAUCCCCCGGUUUGAGGACUGUGGUUCGAUGGUUUCCCUUCUUGAUAUGCUUCGACACCUACCUCACCUUCAAUCUCUCUCGCUCGUUUACGAGAAGAAGCAUAACGAUGACCAUGCAUCGGGAUUGCCAACCACUUCGUCCGAAGUGUCAUUACCACAACUCAAAAUCCUAGAUAUUGAGUUAGCCAGUGCCUGCGCAAUUUAUCUCUUUACCCGGCUCCUGUUCCCUUCCCAUUGCCAAGUGAAAGUCUCAAUGGAUUCUUCACUCUUUGCGCCGUCCCCAGACCGUCUCCUUGAUGUCGCAUCCUCGAUUGUCGCGUGUGUGAUGGGGCCCAGGAUUAUUGGCGACCCCAUUCCCCUUGUGUCUGCAUAUAUUAGUCCUGAUAGCUUAAGGCAAGUACGCCUUCUGGCCUGGACUGAAGGUAUUGAGUUGGAUGACAUCGAAGCAUUUGGUCGCACAAAAACCAUUUCCAAGAUCCGCUGCUCUCCCAAGCUGGAUGUAACAGCGAUAUCAUCGCAGAGCGUUGAAAUACUCAUUGCACUUUUCCGGGCAAUGAUGCUAUCGGACAUCGAGGAGUUGUUUAUCACUUGGCUGGAUUUCAUAGAAAGCAGAGUCUGGCUUUGCAUAAUGGAAGGCCUACCAAACCUGAAGAGGUUGGUCAUUGUUUACACGAGGACUGGUAUACUUCCCGAUAUCCUCGGCUCGAUUACGGAAUCGGGGAUUCUACUCCCCGCAUUACAAUCUGUGCAUCUCCAUCGUGGGACCUUCUGGAACCCCGAGGCCAAUAUAGAACCGACUCUUACGAGAGAAGCACUGGGGGAAUCGUUGCUGAAGCGCAAGCAGCAUGGCGCAAUGCUUAAACGUCUGCGAGUUACUAUGGCUGCAUACCUUGCUGAACCCAAGGAAUGGAACGAGCUUGUUGAAGAGCUGGAGUACACCACUCGAGACGUCCAACUGCGAUAUCUAGGCAGACGAAGAAGCUGAGGAAGACAAACUCGAACUUGAGAUCGGUCGCGCGGUUCACUCUAUCAAGUCCUUAUUGGUGGCGGCGGCGGCGCUAUGCAAAACUCACGCUAACUUCUUUUUCUGCAUUUUGAGAUAGAACGACAUGCAUCUUGGUUCUACAUUCGAACACCUUACGCCACCGAGAACAGAGGAUAACGGAGCUACCGGGGAAACGGGCGGGGAACCAUCAAUAGAAUGGCGAGCAACAAGAGACGGAAGGGACAGAGGUAGAAGAAAUGGUGGAUGAUAUGGAGAGGCUGCGGCUUAUGGACGGCCGGCUAGCUAGACUCACAGGGAUGACGGGGUGUGUAGGGCACGGCCCAAGAAGCAUUCAAGUACCAGUGGCCUCUCUUGAUCAUCUGAAACUCUACGAAAUAUUUGACUCUAUGCACUAUCGCCUUUCCAGCCUCUGUUUUCUCCCAAUUCCACCAUAAAACUCACGUUGGUUAACCGAUCGCUCACUCACAGUAGCAUGAUGCUCAUCUGAAUAACAAUUGGAAGUUUCAGAUCUCGUCUACGCGCAUACCUUUUGCUAAUCCUUUUCUUCAGAUGCUGCUUCACAUUGGAUCUCAUCCUUAGCAUGUACAUGUACAGUAUUCCGUAGUGUAGAAGUCCUCCGUUUCAAAACAUCAUUGAUCGGUACAUGUUGAGCGCUCGUCCGUCACUCUCUUUGACCGCCGUACUCGAGCUUGUCCAAAUAAUAUCCCCAAUCAAAUACUUACUUAGUUUAUAAAACAAGUCGUGUCCCUAUC